AUGGGUAAUAACCCUGUCUUUGCUGUGACAGUGUUCUUCAUCUGCUUCCGAGAAUGCCUCGAGACAACAGUGGUUGUAUCUGUCUUGCUUGCAUUCCUGAAGCAGACAUUGGGCGCAGAGGAAGAUCGUGCGACCUAUAAAAGGCUGGUGAAACAAGUCUGGUUAGGAUGUGGCCUAGGAUUGUUCAUUUGCCUUGCAGUUGGCUGCGGUAUGAUCGGUGCUUUCUACGGCCUUGGAACCGACACUUUCUCCAGCACUGAGAAUAUCUGGGAAGGUGUCUUGGGUAUCAUUGCUUCUCUAAUCAUCACCAUCAUGGGCGCAGCUCUGCUUCGAGUCUCUAAGCUGCAGGACAAGUGGCGCAUGAAGCUAGCCAAAGCUUUGGCGCAUGAAAACAACCCCAAUGAGUCGCGCAAGGGCCGUGUCAAGAGAUGGCUAGAGAAAUAUUCUAUGUUCAUCUUGCCUUUUAUUACCGUGCUGCGCGAGGGUCUGGAAGCUGUCGUCUACGUUGGUGGAGUUGGGCUGGGACUGCCUGCUUCUUCGUUUCCAUUGGCGGUGUUUUGCGGUCUUGCCGCAGGGUUCUUGGUUGGAUAUCUGAUCUACAAGGGUGGUCGUGAGACUUCGAUGCAGAUUUUCUUGGUCAUUUCUACCUGCUUCCUCUACCUUGUUGCCGGUGGUCUGUUGUCGCGUGGUGUUUGGUACUUAGAAAACAACACUUGGAACAAGAUUGUUGGAGGCGACGCUUCCGAGACUGGAUCUGGUGCAGGAUCAUACGACAUCCGACAAAGCGUGUGGCACGUUAAUUGCUGCAACCCCCUAAUUGGUGGUGGUGGAGGCUGGGGUAUCUUCAACGCCUUGCUCGGAUGGACCAAUUCAGCGACCUAUGGCUCGGUGAUCUCAUACAAUCUGUACUGGGUUUGUGUCAUAGUCGGCUAUGGCUUGAUGUUCUACCGUGAGCGUCGGGGUGCUAUCCCAGUUUUGGACCCAGCGAUGAACAAAGUUGCAGGUUACAAGGCAAGAUCCAGGGCAUUUAUCCUCCGCCGACCUCUCGAAGAGCCAGCUCCUGUCGAGGCGAGCGGUGCUAUUGAGCACACUAUUACGGAAAAGAAGGGCUCUGGACCUGGAAUUUCUACCUUUGUCAAGCCUGCUGAUGCAUGA